UGAAUAGGCAGGGGAUGAGUGCGCUGUUUUGAGCAGGUUUCGGUUUGUGUGCGCAUCUCCUCUCCAUUGAACAUGAGUUACGACCGAGCGAUUACCGUCUUCUCGCCGGAUGGGCAUCUCUUUCAGGUGGAAUAUGCCCAGGAGGCGGUGAAGAAAGGAUCCACCGCGGUCGGGGUGCGCGGUAAAGAGAUUGUGGUCCUCGGAGUUGAGAAGAAAUCGGUGGCCAAGCUCCAGGAUGAGCGCACGGUGCGGAAAAUCUGUGCCCUGGACGACAACGUGUUCAUGGCUUUCGCUGGCCUCACAGCCGAUGCUCGGAUUGUUAUUAAUCGGGCGCGAGUGGAAUGCCAGAGCCACAGACUCACGGUGGAAGAUCCGGUAACUGUGGAGUACAUCACGCGGUACAUUGCCAGUCUGAAACAGCGUUACACUCAGAGCAACGGGCGCCGGCCCUUCGGGAUAUCUGCUCUGAUCGUGGGAUUUGACUUUGAUGGCACUCCACGUCUCUACCAGACAGAUCCCUCUGGCACUUACCACGCCUGGAAGGCCAAUGCCAUCGGCAGGGGCGCCAAGUCUGUGCGUGAAUUCCUGGAGAAGCACUACACCGAAGAGGCCAUCGAAACAGAUGAUUUGACCAUUAAACUCGUCAUCAAGGCGCUGCUAGAGGUUGUACAAUCCGGUGGGAAAAACGUAGAAUUGGCCGUCAUGAGACGAGAUCAACCGCUCAAGAUUCUGAGUCCUGACGAGAUCGAGAGAUACGUAGCGGAAAUCGAGAAAGAAAAGGAAGAGAAUGAAAAGAAGAAACAGAAGAAGACAUAACGUGUUCUCGGUGUACUGUGUGUGUCCGGUAUGAGAUCCUGCGAAUAAAUCACCUGCUUUUAUAAUUUCACCUGCUUUCUGGACUGCAGGCCUGAAUGAUAUGUACUGUACCUUAAACUCCGGUAUAAAUGCUUUUCCAAACAUGA